AUGGUUGGAAAACAGACACAGAGACAUCAUCCUCAAACGUUCACAAAUGUUUUAACACCAGAACGAAUACCUGAAUUUUGUAUACCUCCCAGGCAUCAAAGCCAGAAAGACCUGAAAGUCAAACCUCAUUAUUUGUCCAUCCCUGACCUCAGUAGCUCAGUAUUUGAAGCAAUAAAGCCUUGCUCCUUUGAUACACAUAUUAUCCAAGUGGAUAGUGUUGAAGAAUCUCUCGAAGAAGAUAAUACUAAUGCUGAUCCUCAAUCACAGGCUGCUCUGUCAUUACCCCAUCUACUAAAAGCACCUACCUGCUAUGGGUUUUGUACCUUGUUGGAAAGCCCAAACACAAGAAGAAAAGAGUCACUUUUUCACAACGAUCCUGCUAAUCCACCCAUUUUGCUACCUCGAUCUCGAUCUAAUACCGUCUCAUGCAAAGAAAUAACUUCACAGAAUAAGUUCACUACAAAAUCAAGGCCUCUGAGACGUUCUGGUACUUUAGAUAGUGAUACAACUUCAUCUACUGAGUCAUCACCAUUAAGCUCUCCUCUUCUUUACAGAUCCCUUCCUAUGUCCCUGUUAAAAGCUUUUAACCAAGAAAAAAUCUUCUCCAGAGCUUUGAAAGUUGGGUGCAAGUCUUCUUUCAGGAAUAACUCAGUGUCUAGUGAUGAAGACAGUUCAACAGAUAGCAGCCCAUGUGUCACCAGAAGACCUUCCCAAGAGUGGACACUGCAUCCUCCUGCACAUUCUCACACAGGUCUGUUGUUAACUCUGAAUCAGUUCCCUAUGGAUAACACUUUAACUUUGGACACCGGAGGAAUAUUGCGUUUGUCCACUGAAUACAGAGCUGAAAGCCUAAGGCUCCGUAUCCGACUUGUUAGUGCUGAGGGACUUUACAGAGAGUCUGUAGAUUCGAAACAUAUCAAUUGCAGUAUUUCCUUAUCAGUCGUACCUGGGAAAAACCAAAAGCAAAGAAGCACCUUGAUCAGAGGAAGCCGAAACCCAAUCUUCAAUGAAGAUUUCUAUUUCGAGGGCCUUGAAGCUCAUGAUCUUCUCCAGAAAACAUUGAAAAUUAAAGCCCUAAAUAAGGGAUCUGGUGUACGAAGAGAAACUAUCCUAGGGAGAAGCAAACUCCAUCUUCUCAGUGUUCUAGUGCUCUAA